CGCAUCGCGCAACCUCAACUAUGGGUUCUCUGGAUGCGCCCAAGCGACCCAACUUCCUGGUCAUUGUCGCCGACGACCUGGGCUUCUCUGACGUCAGCUCCUUCGGCAGCGAGAUCGCGACGCCCAACAUCGACCGGAUAGCAAAGAACGGAGUGCGCUUCACGGAUUUCCACGCAGCUGCAGCAUGUUCGCCUACACGGUCUAUGCUGCUAUCUGGAACCGACCACCACAUUGCUGGGAUCGGUACGAUGGGCGAGAACAUUACAGAGUUCCAACGUGGCAAGCCGGGAUACGAAGGAUACCUCAAUGAUAGAGUGGCUGCUCUUCCAGAGCUGCUCCACGAUGCUGGAUACUUGACACUGAUGGCUGGAAAGUGGCAUCUCGGACUGCCGCGGGAGAGGUGGCCUUGCGCGCGUGGCUUCGAUCGUUCAUUUUCGCUGCUUCCUGGAGCCGCCAAUCACUACGGCUGGGAGCCACAGCUGGAGGAUGGAGACGGCAAGCCGCGUCCAUUCAAGUCAACCACUGUCUUGUACGUCGAGGACGACGAGCAGAUAGCGCCGAAGGACCUGGCAGAGAGGUACGGGCGGGACGGGGUUUUCUACUCCAGCGACGCUUUCGCAGACAGGAUGGUGCAAUACCUCGACGAGCGGUCCGACGCAGACAAGGAGAAGCCUUUUUUCGCAUAUCUGCCAUUUUCCGCCACGCAUUGGCCCUUGCAAGCGCCACAAGAGGACAUUGACGUGUUUCGUGGGAAAUACGAUGCCGGGCCAGAAGCGUUGCGGCAGUCGCGCAUCAAGAAGCUAAAAGCAAUGGGCCUCGUUCCUGAGCAUGUCGUGCCACAUCCCGUCGUGGCGCCGCAUCAAGAUUUGGAGCCAAAGGAAGAGCGAUUCUUGUCGCGAGAGUGGGAGACGCUCUCGGCCGACGAAAAAGCCUACUCUUCGCGCACAAUGGAAGUAUUCGCCGCCAUGGUGCGGCGCAUGGACACCUGCAUCGGACAGGUUCUUGACAAGCUGGAGGCGACGGGAGAGCUAGACAACACUCUCGUCCUUUUCAUGUCCGACAACGGCGCAGAAGGACUUCUGCUAGAAGCCAUCCCCGUCAUCAACGAGAACAUCUUCGACCACAUCCGGAAAUACUACGACAACAGCAUCCCCAAUAUCGGCAAUCACAACAGCUACACCUGGUAUGGCCCGCACUGGGCUAGCGCCGCGACAGCUCCGAGCCGAUUAUACAAGUUCUUCGCGACUGAAGGCGGGAUCCGGGUCCCUUUCAUCCUCUCCUAUGCGCCCCUAACCAACGACCACGCAUCCUGCAUCUCCCACGCCUUUGCCACAGUCAUGGACAUUGCGCCCACGCUCCUCGACCUCGCACACGUGCCUCACCCCGGUUCGGCACCGUUCCGCGGCCGCGCGGUCGCGCCCCUGCGUGGUGUCUCGUGGGUGCCGUACCUGACGCGCAACCCCACCGAUGCGGACGUGCGUAUCCACGCCGAGGAUGCUGUGCAGGGCUGGGAGCUUUUUGGCCGGAUGGCGGUAAGGCGGGGGAAGUGGAAGGCGGCAUUUGUGCCUGAGCCGCAUGGACCGAGCGCGUGGCAGCUGUAUGACUUGGAGGCGGAUCCGGGCGAGACAAGGGAUCUGGCGGCGGAGGAGGGGGAGAGGCUACAGGAGCUGUUGAAGGAGUAUGAGGCAUAUGUGCAGGAGGUGGGGGUCGUGGGCGAGGCGCCGCAGUAUGGGACGCUGGUUGCGAAGUGA